AGGCAGAUCCAAAUGAGCACAGCCAAAGAACAAUUAUGAAAAAAAAGAAAGAUGAGAUUAAUAAUAAUAAUGAACACAAGCAUUUCUUUUUCCUGCUUGUGACUGGGAGUGGGUGACUGGCAGUACCUGCAAUUCUCAGAAAAUGCCACACCUCAUAUCCUCUUUGAUCGAGGAACCUCUCCUUUUUCUGAUCUUUCAUUGAGAUCCACCACCCCCCAAAACAACUCAAGAUCACUUCCAAGAUUAGAAUCCCCUCAAAAUCCUCAAAAGUGAAAAUUGCAUUGCUUUCUCAACCCUGACCAUCUCUUCUGUUAUUUUAUUUUUUUUUCCUUUUGAGUUAAUUUAUGGGUUCCAUUUCAAUUUUCCAUCUUUGCUGAGAUUUGGGUCUCUCCCCCUCUUCAACUUCACAUCUUUAGCAGCUCAAAAGAGGAGAAAUAUUGCUGACAGGUAUUUGUUUUGCGAUAUUGCAUUGUCACCAUGCUUAAGAAAAUUCUCAGCAAACUCCCGCGUAAAUCACAAAAUACUGAUUCGUUCGAUUGUGGUGGAGUUGAUUCUGGCAACAUUUCUACGAACUUUGGCAAUGGAAUCCAAACUAUAAGCUGUACAAAUACUUUUUCUAGUCGGCUAAGCGUUGUUAAGCGGGUGUCUUCUGCUGUUUUUCCCGCAAGCAUCAUGACUGGAGUAGAGGCAGUGGAGCCCCAUCUAUCAUUUAAAGAUGUUUCAAAUCAACAGAAGCAGAACCUGUUUAUCAGUAAGUUAAAUAUGUGCUGCGAGGUGUCUGAUGUCAAUGAUCCAGAUAAGAAUUCUGUUGAGCAAGAUCUGAAACGCCAAACAUUGUUAGAGCUUGUUGAUUUUGUUUCUACUGGAUCAGCAAAGUUUACAGAUCCGGCAAUUGCUGCAAUGAGUAAAAUGUGUUCAAUUAACCUCUUCAGGGUUUUCCCCCCUAAGUGUCGUUCUAAUAGUAGUGGGGGGGAGGCAGAAGAUGAAGAGCCUUUGUUUGAUCCUGCUUGGUCUCAUUUGCAAAUUGUGUAUGAGCUACUACUUCGGUUUAUUAGUUAUAGUAAUCUUGAUGUCAAGGUGGCAAAGAAGUUUGUGGAUCAUGCUUUUCUUUUGAGAUUACUUGACUUGUUUGAUUCUGAGGACCCAAGGGAAAGAGACUGUUUGAAAACAAUUCUGCAUAGGAUUUAUGGGAAAUUUAUGGUACACAGACCUUUUAUUCGCAAGGCGGUCAGCAAUAUCAUCUACCGUUUCGUUUUUGAAACUGAAAGACACAAUGGAAUUGCAGAGCUGUUGGAGAUUUUUGGGAGUGUUAUUAGCGGCUUUGCCUUUCCUUUAAAAGAGGAACACAAGAUAUUCUUGUGCAGGGCUCUGAUUCCUCUACACAAACCAAAAUCUGUGGGUAUUUAUCAUCAACAGCUGACAUAUUGUGUUGUUCAGUUCAUAGAUAAGGAUCCGAAGUUGGCUUGUACUGUGAUUAAGGGGCUUUUAAAAUACUGGCCAGUGACAAAUAGCCAGAAGGAGUUGAUGUUUAUCAGUGAAUUGGAAGAGGUUUUGGAAAUGAUUAGCUUAGCUGAGUUCCAAAAGAUCAUGGUUCCACUAUUUCGACGUAUAGGAUCCUGCCUCAAUAGUUUGCAUUACCAGGUAGCUGAGCGAGCCCACUUGCUAUGGAAUAAUGAGCACGUUCUUAAUCUUAUUGCACAUAACCGUCAGGUGAUUGUGCCUCUCGUCUUCUCAGCUCUUGAACGAAACUCGCAGAAUCACUGGAAUCAGGCAGUCCUCAACCUUACACAAAAUGUCAAGAAGGUCUUUUAUGAUAUGGAUGAAGAGCUAGUGCUUGCCUGCCAACGCAAGUUGGAGGAGGAAAAUUCCCUCUCUAAUGCAGUAGCUGAGAAGCGGAGACUGACAUGGGAACGCCUUGAAAAUGCUGCCAGUUUCCAACCUCCAGCGGUUAAUGUUAUAACUCCUACCAAUCUUGUCACGUGCUCCGUCGCAUGCUAGCACUUGUCCGGGAACACAAACAGGCAUUUGCAGAUCUGAUUGCAGUACUGAAAGUGAGUUCUUAAUCAAAGAUUGACCCCAAGUUUGAAAUGCCAAAAUCAGGGUAUCUGUUCUAAGAUGUUGCAUUAUAAGUUGAUUGAGCUGUGAUGCUGCUGCCUCAAAAGGUUUUGUUUGAAGCAUUGGCACUUGUUGGGUAGAAAUAGAAUCCUUUGCUUGCAAUUGUGUAUUGACAAACCUCUUGUGUAAAUUACCAGUCUUGUCUGUUCUUGCAUUUGUUCUAUUCACAUAAGAGUUGUAUCCAAUCUCUCCUUCUUAAGAAUAUGGAGAUCCCGCUCUCUUACUAGACUUAUAUAACAACAAUAUUCAAGCAGUUUGCUUUGAUAUAUUACAGAUGUAAAGCUAAUUAAUGUAUUUAUGAUAAGUUAAGCUUUGCAGGUAUAAA